CCCUGACAGCACCAUGAAGUCAGGUACCAUCUUCCUCCUCCUGGGGCUCCUCGCCCUGGGGAGCGGCGCAUGGAAGAAGGAGAAACGCGCCACAGCUAAGGACGGUGAGUGUCCGGCCGAAAUGAAGGGGCCCGCACGCCCCCCUCAGACCUACUGUCUCUCGGACGAGUCCUGCCCAGGGAAUGAGAAGUGCUGCAGCCAAGGCGACAGGAGAGUCUGCAUCCUCCCAGAUUCAGUGCACCCUGGGUAUUGCCCCAAGCCAGACCCAGGCCUGGUCACCAUCUGUCUUGUGAGCUGCUCCGACGACGCGCAGUGCUCCAUGGACGAGAAGUGCUGCGUUAUCGGCUGCCACAGAAAAUGCACCAAAGCUGAGCCAGCCUCCCCUGGCGUUUGUCCCAAGAGGAAAGUGCUGCAACCAUUUGCUCCUUGCAACAACAAGUGUGAUAACGACAGGAGCUGCCCUGGGGAACAGAAAUGCUGCUUCACCGGCUGUGGCCUUGACUGUGUCCCCCCGCAAGCAGGUGCCCUCAGCACCGCCCUGCCGCCUGCCCAGUCCGGAGAGGGCUGGGACUGGACCAAACAGACUCCAGAGGGAGGCAGUGUUGCAGGGAAGCCUGGGACGCCAAGGAAGCGUGGCACCUGCCCACCCAACCUCAUGAAGUGUCUCUACACGGAGCCCCCUCUGUGCCUCAACGACACCAACUGCCCGGGGCGGCAGAAGUGCUGCUACAAUAUGUGUCGGUUCCGCUGCAUGGACCCGGAGGAAGAGAAACCCGGCAUCUGCCCAGCUGAGGCCCCAGAGGGCGGCUUUGAUCCCUGCUUUUUCCGCUGCUCCGAGGACAGGGACUGCCUGGGAAGCGAGAAAUGCUGCCUCCUGAGCUGUGGUGCUGGCUGCCUGGAGCCAGUGCAGGGUAAAGUGUCCUGGCAGCCAGAUAUUUGCCAGCUGCCAGCCCAAGCAGGUCUCUGUGACGUCUACUCCUUCCGGUACUUCUACAACGCCACCGCCCAGAGGUGCGAGCAGUUCUUGUACCGCGGCUGCAGGGGCAACGCCAACAACUUUAAGACAAAAGCCGAGUGUCUCCAGGCCUGCGCACGCCACGAGAAGCCUGGCGAGUGCCCAGCCGUAGCACAGGGACAGGCUGGUGCCUGUGACGAGAAAUGCCACCACGACGACGACUGCCCGGGUUCCCAAAAGUGCUGUGGGAACGGCUGCGGCUCCGAGUGCACCUCCGUGACCCCAGAAGAGAGACCCGGCAUCUGCCCGACGCUGCAGAGACCUGGCCUCUGUGUGGAGAAGUGCAGCAGGGAUGCGCAGUGCCCCAGGGGGCAGAAAUGCUGCGGCACCGGGUGCGGUCGCGUCUGCAUGGGAGUCAUCGCUGAAGUGAGGCCUGGAGUCUGCCCGGCGUUACCAGCAGGAGCCGUCGGUGCCUGUGAUGAGAGAUGCCGUUCCGACAGCGACUGCCCGGGCGCCCAGAAAUGCUGCAGCAAUGGCUGUGGCCUGGCCUGCAUGGCGGUGAACCUUGUUGUGAAACCUGGCGUGUGCCCAGCCAGAGCCCCGGGGGCCAGCGAGGGGCCCUGUCUAUCCCCCUGCGCCCAGGACAGCGAUUGCAGAGGAGACGCCAAGUGCUGCCCCCUCAGCUGUGGCCGCACCUGCCUCGCCCCUCAGAAAGAGAAACCGGGGCUUUGCCCAGCAUUUAAAAUCAGAGAGGAGGGGCCGCCCCUGACGCUGUGCCAGCAGGACAGCGACUGCCACAAGAGAGACAAGUGCUGCAGGAUGGGCUCCAGCUACGUCUGUGCACCGCCCUCCCCCACGGCAGAGGAACCCGGCACUGGCCCAGCCGCCCCCGAGGGGCACAGUGGGCAGAGAUGCCGCAGUGACCGGGACUGCCCGGGAGCAGAGAUGUGCUGCAGACAUCAGUGCCAUGCAGAGUGCCCCGCGCAGGACGAAGGGAAGCCUGGAUUCUGCCCCGUGCGCAACGGGCUCUACUUCAGCUAUGACUGCGAAGCCAGAUGCCGAGGGGAUGGCGAGUGCCCCAGGGACCAGAAGUGCUGCCUGCGCGGCUGCGACCACGAGUGCUUGGCCCCUUCUGAAGAGAAGCCCGGCAUCUGCCCCCUGACAGACGGGAUAACGUCCAGUUCCCCCUGGUGCAAGUCCUCGUGUGCAGAGGACAAGGAGUGUGCGGGGGACCAGAAGUGCUGUGACAGUGGGUGUGGCCGGACAUGCCAGGCCCCAGAGAGAGAGAAACCCGGCACAUGCCCAAAGCAGAAGCCCUGGCAAACACUGGUGCCGUGCAACGAGCAGGACGCCUGCGCUCAUGACCGGGAUUGCCCCAGGCAGGAGAAGUGCUGCUUCGCCGGCUGCGCCAUGCGCUGCAGCCCCCACUACAAAGAGCAUCCCGGUGCCUGUCCCAGGGCAAAGGCCUGCAGCGACCCGGGGCAGCGCCGUUCAAACCAGUGCCUAGACGACCACGUGUGCGAGAGACACGAGAAGUGCUGCGACACAGGGUGCCGCCGGGAGUGCGUGGCAGUGCGCACAGAGAGCGAGGACAAGUCUGGGGAUGGCCCCACGGGCGCCUGCGUGGACGAGUGCAGGGCUGACGAGGAGUGUCCCGGAGGACAAAGAUGCAGAAGCAAUGGCUGUGGCCGUGUCUGCCAGGAAGUCUCCCGAGGUGUCUGCCCGAGUCCCCUGGGCUUUGGGCCGUGCGUGGAUUUGUGCUUUGCUGAUGUGGAGUGUCCCAGAGGACAGAAGUGCUGCAGCAAUGGGUGUGGCCACGUCUGCAUGCGGGCAAUCACCGGAGGGAGACCCGGCCUUUGUCCAGAGCCCCAAGGGAAAGGCAUUUGUGUGGAGCGAUGCAGGGAGGAUGAGGAGUGUCCCAGGGGGCAGAAGUGCUGCGGUAAUGGGUGUGGUCACGUCUGCACGUCCCCGAUCUCUGCAGAGAAGCCUGGGACCUGCCCACCAGACCCAGCAAAGUGUCUACACACAGCCCCCCCGGAGUGUGAUGGUGACCAUGCGUGCCCUGGGAGGAAGAAGUGCUGCUUCAGGACAUGUGCCAUGCGCUGCACAGACCCAGAGGAAGAUGCUGUAUAACGAGCUGAAAGGAAGCCGCACCUUUAUCACGGGACAGCCCAUCGUUAGAACCCCUUCACUGGCCCUGCCCUCCUGCCUGCUGUGCCAAUGUAACCUCCAGACCACUACAGACUCCCCAGCAAUAAACUCAAGUGCCAGCGCCAG